GGUUUCAUUGGCUUUCUCGUGGUGCAGCUUGGCUGCCGGUAGCCGCCUCGGUGGCCUGCGCCCUCUCGCCCCUCGAGGCUCCCACUGUGCUGGCUGCCGUCCCCUCCGGCCUGGGCGGGGCAGCAGCCAGUGCCCUCCACGAGCGGCAGUUGGGCCCUGAAGUCCCGGGUUCCGGAAGGUUCCAGCGGCCCCUGCCCCCACCGGAUUCUGUGUGAAAGAAGGGGGCGAGAGGGCGGGAGGUUGUCCUCCACCCCACCUGCGCCCCCACCUCUCCCAGCCCUCGGACGCCCUGGCCUGGUGUCCAGCCGGGGGCCUGGGCCCGCAGCCUACGCCACAGCGCCCAGCAGCUGGUGACGCCAUGUCAGGAGCCGCCGCCCAGGGUGAGCUGCCGAGGCGCCAUCUCGUAGAGCUGGCCGCCAGCCCCCCAUCGGAGUCGCUCCCCUCCCGGCCGAGCACCCCCACCAUGGAGGACCUGGAGCUCCUGCUGGCCAGCCCCGAGCCCUUGAGCCGGGGGGAGACAGAGCAGCGUGGGUCCAGCCGCCCGCUGGUGUCCAGUGCCUCCAGGCCCGAGCAGGACACCGCCAAGCGCUGGCAGCAGCUGGAGCGACAGGUGGCUGACCUGCAGGCCGAGGUGGCGCACCUGCGGGGUCACAAGGAGCGCUGUGAGUGCGCCUCGCUGAGCCUGCUGCGCGACCUGGAGCUGCAGCGGGCGGCGCAGACGCCCGAGAAGGCGGCGCUGGAGGUGAGCGCGGGGCGGGCCGCGGGAGUCGGCACACGGGGCCCCAGCCUGCUCAGCCCUGCGCCCUCCCCGCAGCUCCACGGCCCCCACAACCAGAUGCAGGCCCUGGACAGGAGGCUGGUGGAGGUCCGGGAAGCCCUGACCGAGGUCCGGAGGAGGCAGGCGCUGCAGGACGCCGAGCGGAAGGGCGCCGAGCAGGAGGCCCGCGUCAGGCUGGCCAAGCUGACCAGCUUGCUGAGGCAGGAGGAGCAGGCCCGGGAGGCCGCCUGCAGCACCCUGCAGAAGGGCCAGGAGGACAGCAGCCAGAGAGUGGACCAGGAGGUGGCCAGGAUGCAGGCCCAGGUGACCACGCUGGGCGAGGAGAUGAGUCUGCGCUUCCUGAAGAGGGAGGCCAAGCUCUGCGGCUUCCUGCAGAGGAGCUUCCUGGCCCUGGAGCAGAGGAUGAAGGCCUCGGAGGGCGCCAGGCUGCAGGCCGAGGGCAGCCUGCGGCAGGAGCUGGACGGCCGCUGGCAGAAGCUGCAGGAGCAGAGCGAGGAGCGGGCGCAGGCGCAGCGCGAGCAGGAGGGUGGCCGCCUGCUGGCACAGUGCCGGGGCCUGGACGCAGCCGUGGUCCAGCUCACCAAGUUCGUGCGGCAGAACCAGGUGUCUCUGAACCGUGUCCUCCUGGCCGAGCAGAAGGCCCGCGAUGCCAAGGUGUGCUUGGAGGAGAGCCAGGCCGGGGAGUUGGCCUCCCACGUGCAGGAGAGCCUGCAGGCCGUGCAGCUGGCCGGGCAGCGGGCCCAGCAGGAGACGCAGGGCGCACUGGAGCUGCUCCGAGAGAAGAACCAGGCCCUGGAGCGGGCCGUGGCCGAGCUGGCCCUGCAGGUGGAAGACCUGGGUGCCCACUGCCUGGCCCUGGGCUGCAGGCUGGACCUGCAGGCGCAGACGCUGGGGCAGAGGCUGUCGGCAGCGCAGACAGAAUGGGAGGGGGCCGAGAGGAAGUCCCUGCAGGACCUGGCCCUGUGGCGGAAGGAGGUGGCCGGGCAGCUGGGGGAGCUGCGGGACAAAGUAGACAGCCUCCCCCUGCAGGUGGGCACGGGCACGCCGCCCCUCCCGCCCCUGCGGCCCUGGGACCGCCGGGGCUCCCGCGAGCCAGCUGUCCUGCGUGGCCGCCCCGUUUCAGGUGGAGGGCGUCUCGGACAAGUGCUUCUUCCACAAGAGAGACUCGGACCUGAAGAUCGCGGCCGAAGGCGAGGCCAGGGAGCAGGAGGUGGGGGCCGUGCGGCAGGAGCUGGCCGCCCUGCUGUCGUCCGUGCAGCUGCUGAAGGAGGACAACCCGGGGCGGAAGAUCGCCGAGAUCCAGGGCAAGCUGGCCACGUUCCAGAGCCAGAUGGUGAGGCUGGGAGACAGCGUCCAGGCCCACAGGACCGUCCAGAACCUGAAGCUCAACGCGGAGGCCAAGCUGGUGAGGGGACGCCCCGGGCCCCGGCCGGCCGUGUGCGGGCGUCUCCGGCAGCCGGGAGUAAGCCCGUCCCCGCCCCGCCCGCAGCGCACGGAGGAGGUGGCCGCGCUGCGGGAGAGCGUGCUGCGCCUGUGGAGCGAGGAGGGCCCCUGGGCGCUGACGCUGGGCAGCAGGCGGCUGCUCAUGUCCCUGGUGCGACAGCGGUUCUUCGUCAAGGACGUGGGCGCCGGCGAGCUGGCCCCCGUGAACCAGUGGGGCGUGUACCAGGCCGUGAGGUGGCUGCGGUGGAAGGCCGUCCUCAUGACGCUGGGGGCCCCGCGGAGGCCGGGACGAGGUCCCCAGAAGAGCCGUGGCCGGGAGCCUGCGGUGCUGCCCCCCCGAGUGCCCCCGCCCCAGAAAUAAACACACCGGCUCCUGCACCGACGCAGCCAGAGUCCCCGGGCCCGCGGGCUGACGGCAGGGGAGAGGCCUGUCGUGGGAGCGGCCAGCUCCAGGAGGGGUCAGCGCAGCGGCCCCGCCCCUGGAGUCCAACGCCUUUCCUGUCCACCAGCCCAGCCCUGGCCAGCUCCCUUCCCGCGGUGGGCGUGGGCGUGGGCCCGCGCCCCCCCGGCCCACCGAGAGCAUCCGGGCCAGGGGCGCUGAAGGGCAGGGCCCGAGCCUGCAGGCCAGUGGUGGCCUAG